AUGGACUGCAUGUUCGGACGAAAGCACUACGGCCGGCCUUUGCACGAAGUUGUCGCAGAAGAUCCUGGAUAUUGUCGAUGGAUGCUGGGAAAGGCUGAGGAGGAUGGUGCCCCACCCGGAUUGCUGGAGAACGCCGACUGGCUAACGCAGCAUGCGCCGCUGUUGAAGGUUCCUCGCGAGCUUGUGGAAGGCGGAAAGCAUCGCGGACGGCGAUUGUCUGAGCUGGUGCAUGAAGACCCACUGUACUGCCAAUGGAUUCUCCGUCAGGGUAAGGUGAAGGACGCCAUGCCAUCGGUACGAGAGAAAGCUUGCUGGCUGGAGCAGAACGCACCAUACCUGAACGACGACCAACCUCUUCCGGGUGUCCUUUCAGGUGGAAAGCAUCACGGACGGGCCCUGUCUGACGUGGUCGCCCAAGAUCCGGCCUACUGCCAAUGGAUCCUUCGAGAGGCCGAGGAUCAAGCCCUCCGAUUGCAAGGUGCCAAGUAUCACGGGCGCCUUGUAUCUGAACUUGUCAGCGAAGAUCCAGGAUAUUGCCAAUGGCUUCUCCGAGUAGCUGAGGACCAAGAUGCAGCUCAGUGGAUGAAAGAGCCUGCUGCCUGGCUUGUUGCGAAUGCUCCGCACCUCAAGGAGACGACUGUCGUGACAGUCAGAUGCAGACAUCGCGGAAUCCCUCUGCCCCAGGUGGUUGCUGAAGACCCACACUGGUGCAUUUUCGCUUUGCAACCUCUGCAGGAGCAAAGUAGAGGAUUCGACGAAGCUUCAGCGUGGCUUCGAGAAAAUGCUCCGGAACUUCUGCAGGUGAAAGAGGAUGAUGAGAAGGCCUUGGCCGAGCUAGGGCGGACCUUUCUCCGUCGUUAUGGCAGCCACUUCGUUCUUCGCUCUGGCAAGCAUCGAAUGCGGACUUUCCAGACCGUCAUCAAGGAGGCCCCAAAGUAUGUUGAUUGGAUCAAGCGACGCCUCCGAAAUUCUUCAACGAAUGAAGGCGCCCCAAAGUUUUCUUUGUCGGGUGGCGGGCUUUGA